UCCUAGAAAAGAGGGGCAUCAGGGGAGGAAAAAGAGUGACUGGCCAAGCUAAACAGGGAAACUUGGGAGGUAUCUCUGUAAUAUGGAAUGAGGUUUCUGAUAUACAAUGUACACAACAAAUCGUGACCCUGUGUGUGUGCAGCGUGACCCGUGCCGCCUGGACCCUGUCCAUACGGUGUUGUAACCACCUUUUAUUAACCUUUCCAUUAGCUGCGCACUCACCCUCCUCCUCCUCCUCCUCCCGGUGCCCUAUCCCUCCCCUCUCCCCUCUCUCCUCUGUUUAAUAGUCAGACUGGCCAUCCUGCAGCUGGAGAAGACUCAGCCGGGGAUCCUGCGCUCCUUGGAUCCGUGACGACUCAACGACUGGUGUCAGUACUCCUUACCACUAUCCCUGCGCUGUCCCGUUCUGCAAGAGCGAUGGGGCGAAAGGACUGCGAGGAAACCUGGAAUGGGGCAGAGAAAUCAGAUGCCCUGUGUGUCGCCGUAGAGGGCAAAAAGCAGGAGCCCGAGUUGCAAGAGAGAGGACUUUGGGGCAACAAACUGGAAUUUGUUCUGUCUGUCGCCGGUGAGAUUAUUGGGCUGGGAAACGUCUGGAGAUUUCCUUAUCUCUGCUACAAGAAUGGAGGAGGAGCCUUCUUCAUUCCCUAUCUCAUCUUCCUCUUCACCUGCGGGAUCCCCGUCUUCUUUCUGGAGACGGCUCUGGGUCAGUACACCAGCCAGGGGGGGGUCACAGCCUGGAGGAAAAUCUGCCCCCUGUUUGAAGGUAUUGGCUAUGCCUCCCAGGUCAUAGAGGGCUACCUCAAUAUCUAUUACAUUGUCAUCCUGGCCUGGGCUCUGUUCUAUCUGUUCAGCUCCUUCACGGCCGAUCUGCCCUGGGCCAGCUGCAACCACACCUGGAAUACAGAGAAUUGCGUGGAUCUAAUCGGGAAACCGGAGAACUUUACAUUUCCAGCAAACUCUACGUCCCCUGUGGUGGAAUUCUGGGAGAACCGGGCCCUUGGUCUGUCUGAUGGCAUCGAGCACAUUGGCACCGUCCGCUGGGAGCUGGCUCUGUGUUUGCUGCUGGCCUGGAUCAUCUGUUACUUCUGCAUAUGGAAGGGAGUCAAAUCCACCGGGAAGGUUGUUUAUUUCACCGCUACCUUUCCCUACGUAAUGCUCAUCAUCCUGCUGAUACGGGGGGUCACUCUCCCAGGGGCAUACGAGGGGAUCGUGUUUUAUCUGCGUCCGGACAUCACUCGGCUCAAGGAUCCGCAGGUCUGGAUGGAUGCCGGGACUCAAAUUUUCUUCUCGUACGCCAUCUGUCAGGGGUGUCUGACCGCGCUGGGAAGCUACAACAAGUAUAACAACAACUGCUAUCGAGACUGUAUUGCUCUCUGCUUCCUGAACAGCCUCACCAGUUUUGUUGCUGGAUUUGCCAUCUUCUCUGUCUUGGGUUUCAUGGCUCGAGAACAAGGGGUCAACAUCGCCGACGUUGCCGAGUCUGGUCCUGGUCUGGCCUUUAUUGCAUAUCCAAAAGCAGUGACCAUGAUGCCGGUGUCUCCUCUCUGGGCCUGUCUUUUCUUCCUCAUGCUGAUCUUUCUGGGUCUGGACAGUCAGUUCGUCUGCGUGGAGAGUCUGGUAACGGCGAUUGUAGACAUGUAUCCAGGGGUCUUCAGGAAGAAAUUCCGCCGAGAAUUCCUAAUCUUGGGGGUUGCUGUGAUCUGCUACCUGCUUGGCCUCAUCCUGCUGACCGAGGGCGGAAUGUAUGUCUUCCAACUCUUUGAUUAUUAUGCGGCGAGUGGGACCUGCCUGCUUCUCGUGGCUAUUUUCGAGGUGGUCUGCGUGGGUUGGGUUUACGGAGCUGAUCGGUUCUACGACAACGUGGAAGACAUGAUCGGUUACAGGCCCUGGCCGCUGGUUAAGAUCUGCUGGCUGUUUGUCACCCCAGCUGUAUGCCUGGGCACUUUCCUGUUCUCGCUGAUCAAAUACAAACCCCUGCAGUACAAUAACCGCUAUACCUACCCGCCCUGGGGACAUGCCCUCGGCUGGCUCAUGGCCAUGUCUUCCAUGAUCUGUAUCCCUCUGUACGCCAUUUACAUCAUCCUGGUAACCAAAGGUCCUUUCAUGCAGAGGCUGAAGCAGCUGAUCACGCCCCACGCUGACCUUCCACACCCCAAGAAGCACCUCUUGGACCACGGCGACCCAAGAAAAAACGAUACGUCGAAUGCGGAAGCAAAGGAUGGACUCAUAGUUUCCGACAAAGAAACCCGUUUCUGAUGGAGCUUUGAGCGCCGCCGCAGUCCAGGGGACCUGACUUAUUCCGUCAUAUCACUGCGGCAAUAAUAGGACAUGUUUGGCUCCUAGUUUCUAAUGACCCCUUUAGAACGCCCCACGACUUAUCGAUAUUUUCUGUGUAGACUGUAACACUGCACUCCCUCUCACAUUAUCAAACAACCUGAUGAUCUCAGAAGAACACAUUUCCAGCAAAACUGCGAAUACUUACAUCGGGUAAACGCGAGGCGGUGUUUUGGCCGAAGCACACAAGCUCACCCGCCACGCCAAGGAGGUGAGGAAGCACAGUGUUACUUACCUAACAUAAAAAAAGCUGGACUUCCAGACCAAGAUAAUAUCUGUAGUAAGGAAAGAGGGUAGACUGUAUGCCUCACCUGAUUAACCACGAGUAGGAAAUUCUAAUCCAGCAUCUGACGGCCUACGGCAUCAUUUCAACCGGGUACAGGAAACCUCCAGUUCUUCAUCUUUUUGUGGACUAUGCCUGUUCAAAGAGUUUGUUUUGUGUUAACUCCAGUUCCACAUUUGGCCACCAGGAGCACUGGUCCCCUGAUCCUUUCUGUGCUCCCUUUCCCCUCUCACGUAGUCCGCAGCAUUUUAGAACUGUGGAAGUUGUUGGUCCCCAGGACACCAUGUCUCUCUAUAACAUCCUUCACCGUCUACGGAGCUUAUCCCAAACACAUUCCACCGCAAACGUUUGCAUUGAAGCAGCUGAUGGAUCUCUGUUACGGAGUGUGGAUUCUGUAUGGCUGCCGGCGUUGAUGUUUACACCAUUGACUCCCACCAAUGGCGUUGAUGUUUACACCAUUGACUCCCACCUUUGACUUUGUGUCAGUCAAGUAUACGAUGCAUUAAGGUACCUUGAGAAGGAACCUUGGCUUUUGGAGUCACAAGUCUUCGAUGACAUUACACAGAACAUGGGCUGAGAAGCUCAGAUCACAAUCUGGAAAUUGAUUCUUCUGUCCACCUCCGGCGAUGUCCUAAUAUUUGGUGUCCGUGGACGUUUAACCCUUCCUGUCACUUUACCAUAGCGUGGACACGGGGGUCCCGGGAAGAAUAAACGGCUGUCUGUUUUGGGAAGUCUAUGUGAAAAUGGAAGAUAAUGCUGGAUACGUGGGCUUUAGGGAAGGAAAGUAUAUCCUCGUUUGGAGGACAGACACUAGUAAUAUAUGGCCUUUACAUUACUGACAGCAAUGAAAGUGGAGCAUUAUUUUGCAAAAAAAAAAAAAGUAGCACUGGAAUAAAGAUUUAUUAGUUCGUUUAAUA